AUGCCAGAAACUUUAUCUUCACUAACCCCUCUGGAAUCAGAUAACUAUUUGAUGAAUCAAGCAAAAAAAGUUCACGGUCCAUUAAAUUCAAAAGAACCAGGCGAUCUCGGUGAUGAUUGGAGUAUUAGUAGUGGUAAAUCGUCGGAAGGAGAAGUAAAUAAUGGUGAAGAAGAUCAAGGCAGUGAUAAUUCGAAGAAAAUUACACCAAGUUAUGUGAAGUCAAAAGAGAUCAUCGAGGAUGUGCUUAAUCUCUGUGAGUCAUCAUCAGCACAUUUAUCCACGGACAUAUUAAUGUUUUUACAAAACGAACGAAUAGAAACAAUCGUAAAAACGUUGAAACUAAAUACCCGUGAUCAGACGUCACAAUACACGAUGAUACACGACGUAAUCGCAAAUAUAGAAUCUCUAAUAGAGGUGGUCGAUAGAUUAUCAACACAGGUCGAAAAUAAUGAAAUUGAGUUGCAAAAAAUAAGACAACGACUAGCAACCUUGUAUUUGAAGUUGGUGUAUAGUUAUCUUCUCGUGGCGGUUGUGAUGGUGGUAAUUGGAUGGUUUUUUUUCGUCGCUGGUGAUGAUGAAGUUGCCCGGAGUGAGAUGGUGUUGGUAGUGGGAGAACCUCUUUUUCGAUUAGAUGCUCAAACAGUGACCAAUGGCUUUUUUGGCCAAUCAGUAAUUUUGCAUAUGUUACGUCAUUCAGUAUCUCGUACAUACUUCAAUUCUGACAUGAGUUUGAUUAAUUUCCCUGAAUCAGUAGAAGUGAUUACAGUUGAUGGUCGAGUAAUAGUGGGAACACUCAAAGGCUUCGAUCAAACGACAAACAUUAUCUUGUCUGGAUGUCACGAACGUGUGUUCUCCGAGACAGAGGGGGUUGAGAAAGUUCCGCUUGGACUGUACAUAAUACGAGGGGAUAACAUAUGUGUUGUAGGAGAACUGGAUACCGAACGUGACGAAGCGAUAGAUUAUUCAGAGAUUAGAGCACCUCCGAUAUAUGAUAUCAUGAAACGUUGA